AUGGUACUCUGUUUAGCUGAUAGAGAAAUUCAGGAAUCUGAGAUUCAAGAAGUAGAAGAAUCAGAAAAGAAUUUAGUGUUUCGUGGAUUGCUAAUUUGUGAAUCCCUUUGGAGGCUGAUCCUAAUAAUAAUGAAUAAAAAAAUUCGAUCUAGUUAUAAUUACAGGAGUAAAUUUACUUACUGCUAUUGCAGUUGGUAAAUAAUUAUCAUUGCAUGAUUAAGUUAAAAAUGUAGUUAUUGUAUAAUUAAAUUAUAAAAUAUUUUAGAAUAAUAAAAGUUUCUUUAAAAACUGUAAUAAAAAGACUUAUGUUUUAGAUUAUUAAAAUAAUAAUUAUGUAUUAGCAGAACAUUAUACUAAAAAUACUUAGGUUUUAAAUAAUUUAGAAAAGGAAAUUAUGGAGAAACUAGAAAAUUCAAAUUAAUCAUUCAUAUUUUUGAAAGAAUGUCACCUAAAAAGAAUGAAAGUUUUAUUAUAUAAUUUAAGAAAUAAUGUAAAGGAGUUUUAAUGUGUUGAGAUGGGACAAAUGAUGGAGGUGGAUGCUUUGAAAAAAGUAGAAGAACCAAAGAAGAUGAAGAAGAGGAAGAGGAAGAGAGAAUUAUUCAUUUGUCAUUUACUAAAUAAUUAAAAUAAGUUAAAUACUAGUAGGAAGAACUUUGAAAGAAAAUAAAUGAGGCUAAAAGAGAUAAAGAAAAAAAGAAGAAUAUUGCUAAUUAUCUUAAGCGCUAAUAACCAGCAGGAUAGUUCGAUAUGGGACCAUUUACAAAUUUGGUAAUGCUUUCAUAGCUGCUCCUUUUACAUCUAUAAUGUCAACUAGUAUUCGAUGUCUUCGCACUAUGUUAAAAUAAGGAGUCUACACUUUAGUAAUUACAAUAUUAACUUAGAAAUUUAUGGUCUUAUAAGAGUAUUAAAUGCAUAUUCUUUAAAAGCUUUACAUUUACAAUCUUUCAAAUGA